AUGGCUUCUCAUAUGCGCGCUUUACUCCAUGUUCUCCAAGGAUCUAUCGAAAGAAUCGAAAAGGAAUGCCAGCGUUCUGGCGUUGAGUUUCCUGUUCUCGAUGAGCCUUACAUGCCAGACAGCAAAUCUAUUCGUCUGACGCCGGCUGUACAAGAGGCCUCUAUUCCCACAACGGCGACGGCUUAUCAGCUAAUUGCUGUGGUGCAGCGGCCUCAAAUGCACGUUUUCAACGCAGGAUGCAGCUAUUAUUUGUCUGCUUCGUUGAGAGCUGCGAUAGAAACAAACGCUGUCGAAAUUCUGCGCGAAGCUGGUCCUAAGGGCUUGCACGUAACGAAAAUUGCUGCUCAAAGCAACGUUGACCACAUGAAGUUCUCAAGAAUCAUGCGUUUUUUGGCCACUCAUCACAUCUUCAAAGAAAUUUCACCCGACGUAUACGCUAAUAACCGCCUCUCAUCCAUCUGUGACACUGGUAAACCGGUCGCGGAACUUUUAGACAGACCCCUUGAAAAGUAUGACGGAACCAACGGAAUUGCAGCUUUGAUUGGACAUUGUACAGACGAAGAUUAUAAAGGCGCCGGAUACAUCACCGAACACCUCACUAAUCCUGAGAUGGCGUUCGAGGAUUCUCCAGAGCGUUCACCCAUGAUGCAAGCAUUUGGGUGCGAUGUCGGAGUGUGGAAUUGGCUCGAGAAGCCUUCAAAUCAGCUGCGGCUGCAGCGAUUCGGAGUAGCCAUGGAUGGCGUCAGUCGCAUGCGGCCACAGGAUUCUAUCCUCAAAGGCUUUGAUUGGGGUUAUCUCCCCAACGAUAGCAUAGUCGUUGAUGUAGGGGGUGGGAUUGGUGUUUCCUCUAUCACCCUGGUAAAAGCACAUCGCCAUAUCCGAUGUAUAAUCCAAGACAUGCCUUCGGUGGUUGCACAAGGGAAGAAGGUUGAUAUACCUGGUGCAAAUUCCCCUGCUCCGCCAGCACCACUGCUUGCCAACAUGGGCACCGCCAACGCUUCCCCGUAUUUCACCGACCUUUCGAUGUACGUGCAUUUCACCGGCCAGGACCGAACAUUGGCCCAUAUCGUGGGGUUAUUGAAUGGGGCUGGUUGGGCUAUGGAACGUGUGCAUCCAGGUGAUAGCAUCGGUAAUUAUCUUCCCCAGAUCAUCGCGACGCCGGCGUAG